AUGGCCAAUGCUAUCAACAAUCUGCAUCAGUCAGGAAAAUUCUCAAGCAACAUUGCGGUGAGUAGUAGGGCUGCAUCUGAAGGCAGCCAUGGAUUUGGUGAAAUGGGGAAUGAGCUGAAGAAAAAUCAUGAGGAUAGUCUCAAGAUGCCUAUGGAGGAGAUUUCGCCACCAGCUUUUGAUCAGGAAAUAGUUAAAGUCGUUGUCGAGGCUGUUGAAAAGAAGGACGAUGAUGGAACGAAGGUGAUUUCACAUGCAGCUGUGCCGACAUCGUUCCUUCAACGUCAUAAAAAGGAGGGGAAAGGUAAAUUCUCCAAAUUUUUGGAGAUUUUCAAAAAGGUGCACAUCAAUUUACCUCUAGUGGAGGCUUUGUUGGAGAUGCCCCAAUAUGCCAAGUACCUCCGGGACGUUGUUUCGCGUAAAAAAAAGUUGGGGGAGUUCGAGACUAUCAACCUCAACGAGGAGUGUAGUGCAAUUCUACAAAGAAAGCUGCUUGUGAAGAUCAAGGAUCCUGGCAGUUUCACCAUAGCAUGCAUGAUUGGAGACCAACACUUUGGGAAGGCAUUAUGUGAUCUUGGAACUAGCAUAAAUCUCAUGCCUUUAUCCAUCUUUAAGAAAUUGGCAAUUGGAGAGUUGAAGCCUACAUCUAUGGUGCUGCAGAUGGCAGACAGGUCGGUCACUUAUCCACGUGGAAUUGAGGUAGGGGAUUUUAUUUUCCCAGCCGAUUUUGUGGUGUUGGACAUUGAGGAUGACAAGAACAUUCCGCUGAUUUUGGGUUGCCCGUUCUUAGCAACGGGAAGGCCUAUGAUCAAUGUGGAAAAAGGGGAGCUCACGCUUAGAGUGAAUGAGGAAAGUCAAAUUUUCUCUAUUUAUAGACCAGCCCGCAGUUAUGAGGACGAAGUGCCCAAGCAAGCCAAAGACCCGGGAAAGAGAAGAGCUGAUGAUCUUAACAUAUUUAAUGAAAAUUAUUUUUCUUGGCAGGGCCCAGCUAAGCAGACUUCUCAGGGAAAAGAUGUGAUGAGAAAGUAUGGAGCAGAGCGUGGUAGGUCGCAACAUUGCAUGUACCAGCCUCCUUGA